AUGUCUGGCUUUUUUGGGUAUCCAGGUCCAGCUCACAUUUGUGGACUACACUACAUUGUCCGGUCUGAUGAAUGGAACCUCAAGAAACAAUUCCUUCCACAAGUUAAACUCGAAGCAAAAGCUACCAUUCUUUCUACCACAUCCAAAACCGUACUCACACAGACUUUUGCCAACCCAUCGACAGAGAAAGCCAUCAAGGAGUGUCGCUACACCUUUCCGCUCUAUGAUGGUGUCAGUGUAGUAGGCUUCACCUGCCAUGUCGGGGGCCGGAAAAUCGUUGGUGAGGUCAAGGAGAGAGAAAAGGCAAGAGCUGUAUUUCAAGACGCAGUCUCAAAAGGCGAGACGGCCGGAUUGUUUGAGCAACUCCCAGAUGCUUCCGACGUCUUCACCACGACGGUUGGAAACAUCCCUCCUGGAGCAAAAGUCAUCGUCGAAAUCACAUAUCUAGGCGAGCUCAAGCACGACAUGGAAGUCGACGGCAUCAGAUUCACAAUCCCAAACAUCAUAUGCCCACGCUAUGGCGAUUACCCAGGCACAUUGCUUAGAAGCUCAGCUACCGAUGCAAUGGGUAUGAGCAUUUCCAUUACUGUCGAUGUCGACAUGGCUGAUGGAUCCUUCAUCCAAAAGAUCCAGUCGCCCACACACCCCAUUGCAAUAUCAAUGGGCACAACUUCAACUGCUGCGGCAAAUGACGAUCCCGCAAUGACAAAGGCAUCCGCGACCCUCGCUCUUGCCACUGCAGGACUCGACAAGGACUUUAUCUUGCAAGUCAUUGCCAAACACACGGGCGUGCCCAAAGCCAUCCUUGAGACGUACCCGAGGAUUCCGAAUCAAAGAGCAGUAAUGGCAACGCUAGUACCAAAGUUUGCCUUACCUCCUGCACGACCCGAGAUUGUCUUCGUGUGUGAUCGCAGUGGAAGCAUGCAGCUUACGAGAAUCGAGCUUGCGAAACAAGCCUUGAAGGUGUUUUUGAAGUCUCUUCCCAUUGGAGUCAAGUUCAACAUAUGCUCGUUCGGCUCAAGCCACUCGUUUCUCUGGGAAAAGAGCGCUAGCUACAACCAGCAGACGCUCGAUGCGGCAAUGAAUCAUGUUGAUUCUUUUGCGGCGAACUAUGGCGGCACGGAGAUGUUGCAGCCGCUGCAAGCGACGAUUGAGCGACGAUACAAGGAUAUGGAUCUUGAUAUCAUGUUGCUCACUGACGGUGAGGAUUGGGGACAGGAUCGCAUUUUCUCCUAUCUUAACGAAUCUAUCCAAGUGACUAAAGCCCCGAUCCGGGUCUUCACGUUAGGUGUUGGGAACGGCGUCUCGCAUGCACUGAUUGAAGGUAUAGCCAAGGCAGGAAAUGGCUUCUCGCAAUCAGUCGGCGAGAACGAGCCAAUGAAUACGAAAGUUGUACGAAUGCUCAAGGGAGCAUUGUCCCCACAUAUCAACGACUAUACCCUCGAAGUCAAGUACAACAAUGAUGAAAUCUCAGCCCACCUCGAUGUGGAGCCAGAAGAUGAUUUCGAAAUCAUCGAAAAAGUAUCAGAUAGUCUCAAGGUAAAACUCGAUCUCAAAGAAGACGAGGCUGAGCCAGAACCAACUAAAAACACAAUCUCCCUCUUCGACCCCACCGCCGACCCAGACGCAAAAGAACCAACCGCAUCCGAUAAAACAGGAGAAUCCCGCUACGCCCACCUCCCCACCCUCCCCAUUCCCAAAAUCCUCCAAGCCCCCCAAAUGAUCCCCUCCCUCUUCCCCUUCCAUCGCACAUCAAUCUACCUCCUGCUCGGCCCCUCCGCACCCCAAGGUACACCCACAUCCCUCACGCUUCGCGGCACAAGCCCCCAGGGGCCACUCGAACUCGUCAUCCCAAUCCAACCCCUUGCCCACCCGGGCGAAACCAUCCACCAGCUCGCGGCCAAAAAAGCCAUUUCAGAACUCGAGCAAGGCCGAGGCUGGCUUUCCGAAGCCACCGACGAGUCCGGCACGCUGGUAAAGAAGAAAUGCGAGGGCCGCUACGACGACAUGGUCGAGCGGGAAGCCGUACGACUAGGCGUACAAUUCCAAGUAGGCGGAAAAUGGUGUUCGUUCGUCGCUGUCGAAUCGCACGCUGAAGCAGCAGAGAAUCAGAGAAAAGAAGCACAGGGGUGGCAGUGGAUAGAUGAUAAAGCGCCUCCAGCAAUGCAAGAUAUGGCGCUGCUCCCCAAGCCAACACCACCCUCUUUGGAGCACCCCCUCAAGCCCCUCAAAUCGGUUCAUCUCUCUUCGGUGUCCAAAGCCCCAGCAGUAGCAGCGGUAGUGUUCUAUUCGGCGCAUCCGCACCCGCACCCACUCAGAACCAAAAACGACUCUGGCACCCCACCAGCAGCAGCAGCAUUAUCAACCCCGCAACGUCCUUCUUCGGUAACUGGUGAAACGCUUCUUCACUACCUCAUCUCGCUGCAGUCUUUCGAAGGGUCAUGGUCGCUGUCAUCAGAGUUACUUGGUGCCCUUGGGUUGGAUGAGGCGGGUGUGAAGACGCAGAUGCAAGAGGGGGAUGAGAAGGUGGCUGCGACUGCGCUUGUGAUUGCGGUGCUUGAGAAGCGAUUGGGGGGGUUGAGGGGGAGCUGGGAACUUGUGGGUGAUAAAGGAAGGGCGUGGUUGGAAGGCGAGGUUGGGGAUGCGAACGUGGAGGAAUGGGUGCAGCGCGGGAUGAAGGUUCUUGGGCAUGACUAA